AUGUCUGAGUAUCACGGAAGUGAGAAGGAGGUUGCUCCCACACGGCCUGAAGCCGCGGUUCUUUCUGGGGAAGAGAAGAACCAGCAGGCGCACUCUGUUGCUGAGUCGACGGACAACAGCGACCGCCAGCAGGAGCCUGAGCAAAAGGGACGAUUGGCGCGAAUGUUCACUUACAUGAAGACGCGCGACUUUUGGAUUGUGAUAAUUCUUGGACAAAUGAUCGCUUUGGCCAAUAUUAGCUCGUCCACGUUCUCGGCCCUUCUCUCCAACAAAGGCACCAGCAUCCCGGCUUUCCAGACCUUGUGGGUCUACAUCCUGCUCAAUUUGACCUAUACCAGCAUUACCAUCUACAAAUACGGCUUCAAGAAAUGGUUCCGCCUUCUCUACACCGAUUGCUGGAGAUAUUUCAUCCUUUCCUUCUUGGACGUUGAGGGCAACUACUUCAUGGUUCUUGCAUACCGUUAUACCUCGCUUCUGAGCGCCGAGUUGUUCAGUUUCUGGACUAUUAUCGUUAUUGUCGUCAUCUCCUUCAUCUUCUUGCACAUCCGGUAUCACAUCACCCAGUACCUCGGUGUUUUCGUCGCCUGCGGUGGAAUGGGUCUCUUGAUUGCUUCUGACUACCUCCGUGGCGCCAACUACCCUGCUGCCGAUCAAUUGAAAGGUGAUCUGUUCGCUCUUCUGGCCAGCUCCAUCUACGCCUUCAGCAACAUGUUCGAAGAAUACAUGGUCUCCAAGCGCCCCAUGUACGAGGUCAUUGGUCAAAUGGGCUUCUGGGGCAUGUUUAUCAACGGUGUGCAAUGCGCCAUCUUCGAUCGCGGCUCAUUCAACGGCGCUGUCUGGGACGGACAAGUCGGCGGUUAUAUCGUUGGUUACACGAUCGUCCUCUUCAUCUUCUACACCCUCGCCCCCAUCUUGCUGCGUAUCUCGUCUGCGACGUUCUUCAACAUUUCGUUGUUGACUAUGAAUUUCUGGGGAUUGAUUAUUGGUAUCCAGGUUUUCCACUACUCGGUCCACUUUUUGUAUCCGAUUGCUUUCGUCAUGGUAGUUCUCGGUUUGUUCGUGUACUUUAUCGGCGAGGGUAAAUUCGGUGAAUCUUUCAAGCCUUGGUUGGGCAAGGACCAGGAACUUGGCGUUGAUGGUAUUGGUACCGGUCGUCGUGCACAGGAAACUGGUCAUGCAAUCGUUUAA